AUGGCGACGUCGACCGUUGCAAGAAGUAUGGCGAGCUUCUUAUCCAUUGCGAUAUUUUUGGCCACCACGGGCACGAUGGUUACCGCCGAUCUAGUGCCAAUAUCGGUGUUCCCUACAAAUGCAACUUCAGAACCACCAGAGUCAAUGACCAAGGUGAAGUUGAGCGGGCCGGCAUCCCCCGAUCACAUCUUCGACCUGGCUCCGCUCACCUCAGAGGUGGGCAAAGGACAGACUGCCGGUGCAGUGAAGCAAGUUAUAUUCUCAGGCGUUGGGAAAAACCCAGAUUAUAUGACGGCUAAGGACUUGACGCCAUCAGAUGUUGCCUUCAUCAGUUGCGACCCCAAUGAUUCGAAUAUAAGCGCCUCCCAAGUCGUCCAAACCGCCAGCGGGAUAUCGCCGAAGGCCAUUAUCCUUUAUAGCGAGAUAGCCAACGUGUGCAACUUCACCGGGAGUACCUCGUACACAUCGAUAUUUACUAUGAUAUCAAUGGCCGAUGUGCAGACCAUGAUAACUACCAUGGGGCUUUAUCCCGAUUCGUCCGAUGACCUUGCUGCAAAGGUUGGCACGAACGCAACAUUGAGCGGCUCGACAAGCUCUUCGUCAAGCAGUUCUGAUGGUGGAGCUGCCCCGACAACUGCUGUUGCUAUGAGCAUACUUUACAGUAUUACCGGCAUUAUCACCUUGCUCUUCUUGGUCAUUAUUGCGACCGGUGCAGUGCGCGCACACCGGCACCCCGAACGAUAUGGGCCCCGAAAUGGAUACUCAGGAAGACCAAGGCAGAGUCGGGCGAAAGGCCUCGCUAGAGCUAUGCUAGAGACUCUACCAAUUGUGAAGUUUGGCGACCCGGCGCCGGCGAAGCCAGGAAGCAGGGACGUGGAACUAGAAGAGGGAGCCUCAAGUGUUCAUCACCCGCCGGCCGAGACUGGCCCACAACAAGCGGAAAUCUCCACCGAGCAACGACCCAAAUCUCCUGUAGUGGCGAAGUUGGCCUCUGCUACAUCAGAUGAGGGGAAAGCGAAAGACGAUGCCGCAAAGAGUAGCGCAGUGGAAGAAGCAGCUGUCCCAAAAGAAGGAGAACUUGGCUGCUCAAUCUGCACAGAGGAUUUCACAACCGGAGAAGAUGUGCGAGUGCUACCUUGUCAACACAAAUAUCAUCCCGCUUGUAUCGAUCCUUGGCUAUUGAACGUGUCUGGUACCUGUCCAUUAUGCCGCCAUGAUCUCCGCCCUGAUGCAGCCGAAGGAUCUAACGGCGCUGCCACCACCACCACCACUGCCGCCACCGAUGAUCUCCCUCCACCUCUUGGUGCUGAGUCUCCCACGGGGACGUCUGGCCUAUCAGCUGCCGAAGAUGCUACGUCGACUCAUCAACGUCACCGCAUGUCACGAUUCCUGGAUCUCAACAGGCUCCGGCAUGCCCCACCAGAUGAACGAAUCGCAGCAUUACGACGUCUAAGAGAGGAAUCGAGAUCUGAAGGGGAGCCAGUCAUCGAAAACGCCGAAGAACAUCAAAGUGGGAGAGCCAGGCUAACGUCCCGGUUACGAGACAAGUUUCGAAUACGGACGCGGAUGCAGAAUGCCACCGUUCCGGAAUAG